AUGGCCGGAGGCGAAGAAGAAGAGGUGAAGCUGCUGGGCACGUGGGCGAGCCCGUUCGUCCUGCGAGCGCAGCUUGCUCUCAGCUUCAAGGGUGUGAGCUUCGAGAACGUCGACGAGGACCUCGGCAGCAAGAGCGACCUCCUCCUGCGCUCCAACCCCGUGCACAAGGCGGUGCCCGUGCUCAUCCACAACGGCAGGCCCGUCUGCGAGUCGCUGGUCAUCGUGCAGUACGUCGACGAGGCCUUCGCCGGGCCGCCCCUCCUCCCCGCCGACCCCCACGAACGCGCCGUCGCCCGCUUCUGGGCAGCUUUCAUCAUGGACGAGCUGGUGGCGCCAUGGCAAAAGGUGUUCAGGGCUAAGACCGAGGCGGAGAAGGCCGAGGGGAUGGAGCAGACGCUGGCGGCGGUGGAUGUCCUGGAGGGGGGCCUCAAGGAGUGCUCCAAGGGCGGGAGCUUCUUCGGCGGCGACAACGUCGGGUACGUCGACGUCGUGCUGGGCGGGGCCGUGCCGUGGGUCUACGGGACGGAGGCGCUCUCCGGUACGAUGCUCUUCGAUGCCGGCAGGGUCCCGCUUCUGGCAGCGUGGUUGGAGCGCUUUGGUGAGUUGGACGCGGCCAAGGCGGUCAUGGCGGACGUCCCGACGAGGCUGGUCGAGCUCGCCAAGAUGAAGCAGGCGGAGGCCGCUGCCGCGGCCGCAGCUGCGGCUGGAGAUUGCUAA